AUGACGUUAAUUCCUGAUGCAUACUAUCAUGACCCAGGAGCUGUGCUCAAAGAUGUUAAAAUGUCUGAUCCUGAUCUUAUUAUUUCAAGUUCUUGUACCGAAAUUUACGAUUCCGCAUUUUUAUAUUCAAAGAACACCUUACAAUCAUUUACUUUUCAAGAAAAUCCUCAACUUACCAAGAUUGGCUCCAAUGCCUUUUAUUCUUGCGCAAGUUUAACAAAAAUUGAUUUAUCGAAAUGUUCACUGUUGCAAACCAUAAGCACUAGAGCUUUCUAUCAAUGUAAAUCCGUAAAGUCACUAUUAUUACCAGAUGGAUUGCAAGAAAUAUUAAGUGUUGCAUUUUUGGGAAUUCAAAUUUCAACGCUUACUAUUCCAUCUUCAGUAAAAACCAUUGGUGAGUCAGCAUUUGGUGAUAUUUCAACUCUCUUAUCAAUAACUUUUAACGAAGGAUCGCAACUUCUUGAACUCACAAAAAAUGCAUUUUAUAAGACGAGUUUGCUUGAGUUUACAGUUCCAGAAUCAGUUAAUUCUAUCAAUGGAAUGUUCAUUAACGCUGUGAUAACAAUGAAGAAGAUAAAAGUCCAUCAGAACAACCAAUAUUUUGAAAGUGAUGGAAAUGCUGUUUACACAAAGAAUUUUUCAAAAAUUGUUGCUUUUGCAGCCAAUUCUACAACAUCUUAUGUGAUUAACUCAAAAGUUCAGAUAAUAGGCAACGCAACAUUCAUGAGAGCUAGACUUUCUUCUAUUACUAUUCCUCCUUCUGUUACAGUUAUUCAAUCUUAUGCAUUUUAUGAAACAAUAAAUCUUAAAGAAAUAAAUUUACCACCAAAUAUAACAGAAAUUCCAGAAGCAUGGUUCUUUAAUUCAGGAUUAACAUCUAUCACUAUUCCUGAUAAUGUUACAUCAAUUGAAUCCCUUGCCUUCGCAUCAUGCAAUAGUUUGACAACUAUUGUUUUACCUGAAGGCUUAGAAUAUAUAGGCGGUGGUGCUUUUCCUUCGAAUAAAAACAUUAAAAUCGUUUUUCCUGAAGCAUCAUCAGUACAACUUGAUGAUCAAAUGCUUAUUAUAUCUAAAGAUAAGACAUAUAUUUCAAUGUGUUUAAAUUCAUCUGCAAUAUCAAUAACAAUUCCAAGUUCGGUUAAGACAAUAAAACAACGCGCGUUUAUGUCAGCAAAACAAUUAACAACUGUUAUAUGUGAUGGAACAUCAGAAGUCGAAGUUAUAGAGAACUAUGCAUUUUAUUUAUGUGAGCAAUUGACUUCUAUCCCAAGUUUCCCUAAGUUGAAACAAAUUGGAGAAUAUGCAUUUUCAAAGACAAAGAUAAAUUCAGCAAUUUCUUUCUCUCCAUAUCUUGAGAAAAUAGGACAAUAUUGUUUCUACUUAGCACAGUCAAUCUCGAGAAUUACUUUCUCAUCAACAACGACUGCACUUUAUUUCAACGAUUUCUGUUUCUCUGGCUGCACAUCACUUUCAAGCAUCGACUUACAUGAUUGCACAUGCAACAUCUAUUUCAGGAAGAAUGUCUUUUCAGACUGUUCUUCUCUUUCGAUGUUCAAUGUUAAUGACAAAAUCAAAAGUUUUGACUCAUGCUGCUUUAUGAACAGUGGACUUGAAACAAUCAACUUUGCUAACAGUUAUACUUCAUUUGACACACUUCCUUCUAUGUUCCUCAAAGGAUGUACAAACAUCGAAGAGAUUAUCAUUCCAACGAAUAUCGAAAUCAUAGGUAAUGAAUGUUUCAGUGAAACAUCUAUAUCUUAUAUAAGUAUUCCAGACAGUGUUACAACACUUUCAACACAGUGUUUCAGUGGAUGUUCACAACUUGAUCAUGUUGACAUCUCUUCAACAUCAGGCCUCACUACUAUCAUGGGUUCUAUCUUUGAAGGUUGCACAUCAUUGUCAUACAUCAGUGAUUUUCGCAGUUCUAAGUUUGUUUGUGUUAACAGCACUAUCUACGACGUCGGUUUCAGUCAAGUCUACAUCCACGCUCCCGGUUGCAAGGACAGGUACAUCAGCUUCGACAGUCGUCUUGUUACUGUCAGUGAAGGUGCAUUCAUCAACAGCCGUUACAUCGAGCUUGUUGUCUUUGUUGAGAACAGUGUUCGUAUUAUAGGUCGUCGUUCAUUCGAAUCAUGCAUUCGUCUUGAACAUAUCAGCAUCCCAUCCAGUGUUGUUUCCAUUGGUUCAGAUGCAUUCAUUCACUGCGACAGUCUUCGCUGUGGUGUUCUUUUCCAGAACAAGACACAACCAUUCAUCGAACUUCUUGUUUCUAGUGGUCUUCCUAAAUCAUCACUUCGUCUAUGUUCCGUUUUCAGUUGUGCUGUUCGUAAUUGCAACACUUUCUCUAUUUCAUUCUCUUUAUUCACUGUUUUUAUACUAAUGUAA